ACACGACCUGGCCCUUCACUCGAACAGCCUGUUUGUUCGGUGAUUCACCUGGACCUUUUGUCAGGCUGUUUGUAUUGUUCAGCCAGGUGGCCAACCUACAAGCCCGACAAUCCACUCCAUUGGCCUCUUUGUACCAAUACCUAGACACCCCUUCGACUCGUACCGACAAUGUGACGGCCGAACCUUCAGAGAACCUUCUCUUUCGACCAACCUCUUAAGAGUCUGAGCCUCACACGAGCCACCGAUUUCUACCAUACCCAUCCUCCGAGCUACAACAUAUCCACUCGUAUUUACGGGAUCACUCGCGACCUCCCUCUGAAUAUCUCCACACAACCUCACAAUGGCCUCGCUGAAGGUCCCAGAUGCGGGCCUCCAGUUGGAGGGCUCCCCUGACGCUUCGGUCGGCGUACCUACACAGGCUUUUGCCCUCAGUCUGUCUGACAGCGUUAUUGAGGACAUGAUCAGGUGUGUCCAGAAUGGCGAAGACAUCCAGCUGUCUUUGGGAAACAGCCCGACCUUCCUGUACGGUUCAGAUUCCUUCACGCCUUCGCCGAUAUCCGAUCCCGCCUCCGUCGACAUUUUCCUCACAAAGCCCUUCGAAUCCACCAAGAUCGCCUCUCGAAUUCCAAUCACAACCUCACUCUGGCAGAAACCAAGCUCUCCACGAUCUGAUACCAGUGAACACAAUGCUUCUGCCAGAUCCAAAAACCUUGCUUCGUCCUCAGCAUCUUCUGCUCUGGACUCAGAUGCAGAAAACCUACAGAAUUCCAUGGCAGCAGCGGAGGCAUCGAAGAAGCACUCACGCAUUCUUGAGAAGUCGAUGCCUACACAAAAAAAGCCAUCAGCCAAGGCGAAAUCCAAGUAUCUUUCGAGCAUGGCGUCGUAUGGUACAGGCGGCUCUCUACCGUCUUCCCCAGCGUUGACAGCGGUGGGGUCUCCAUCUCUUAACCAAGGCUACGGUGCUUCUCAACAAUCGAGGGACAAGGCCAAGGGUCAGAGGACCAUGAUUGUCCACGAAUUAGCCGCAGCAGAUCAGUCUUAUGACUUCCUGGAAUCAAAAUGGGAUGGCAAGGCGGACGACUUCAAGCUUACUCUUGAAAAGGUUGCCGACUUCGACAACAGUGCACAAAAGUGGAUGCUAAAGAGACUUUACUGGAAAGAACUGGACGUUUGGAGAUAUGAUUACGACAGUCCUGACGAUAGGCAAAAGGCUAUCGACAAUGCUAUUCGGGCCUUCGACAAGAUGCGGUUGGGAAUCGAGGAACCCGAAUGGCAAAAGCUGCUCCCCAAAGAUGAGCGUGGCAAGGGGAAAAUCCUGAGCAAACUGCAAGCCAACAUCGCCAAAGGCCCGGCUGUGCCAACACCGAAGAUCAAGGUUCAAAAGGCCGACGAUGGGACAAGCGAUGCGGGCGGCGAAGACGCACUCAAGAUCGAUGAUGGGAGGAGCUCGGUGCGAUCCAACUCAUCAUUGCCGGGGAAAAAGAAGGUCAGCAGCGCCGAUGCACAAGUCAAGAGGCUCUUGUCGAACAAGCCCAGCAAACCCAAAGCAGCCCCAGCAAAAGCGCCGGCCUCCAAGUACGCGAAGGACAGGGUUUCAUCGUCUGCACCGGCAAAGGGCGGCAAGGUACUCUCAGCGGAGUUCAUCUCAGACUCCGAUUCAGAGUCUUCAAGCAAUAAGCCGAUGGCUAGUGUCUCGUCAUCGAAGACCAAGAGGCCAUCGCCAGCCCCGGCUCCUAGGCCGAAGGAAAAGCCAGCCCCAGCCUCGGCCCCGGCCCCGCGACCUAAGUACCCUCCUAGACCGAAGCCUGUCGAACGGCCAGCCGAGCAGUCAAAUGAGCGACUGGUGGAUCGUGAGCCCACAAGGCAAGCCAAAACACAAGCGCCGGUCAAGCGGCGCAGAGAUGAGGAGCCGGAGGAGAGCAGCUCAAGUUCGGGCGCGCCGCUCGCCAAGCGUAUGAAGCCGAAAAUGUCAACAACUGGUGAGAAGGCACCGAUCAGGCCUCCAACGAAGCUCAAGCAGCGACCCAUCCCUGCGGACACGACACGAAACUCCUUGGCUUCAAACGGUAGUCUCCCCUAUAAAGCCACCAAGAACACUUCGCCGACCAAAUCUUCGCCACUGGCCUCCUCGCCGCCGACGAACGCUUCAGAUCUUGAGCAGCGACGCCAGCUCCCUCCGGACCUGGCCCCCAUCAACCGCAAGCGCAAGGUCACUGCUGACACUUCUGAUGAUGGCUUGUCAAGCAAGGGCAGCACCACAAGUGCCGACAGCAAUAAGCGAUACAAACCCAUUGGCCAGGAUCUUGUUCGCAAAGCACACAAGUUCAAGAUGUUCUAUGAGAAGUACGCAUCGCUACACCGAGAGAUUGCGAACAUGGACCAUCCGCCAAAGGAUCGACUGGCCGAUCUGAUCGAUAUGCGACAGCGGUUACAGAACAUGAAGACGGACAUCUACAGAGAGUGCCCGCCUGCCAUCGCGGCAGUCUAGAAGUGAUUCCGGUAGGUACAAUGAGUGUACGAUGAACGGCCGAGGGGUGUGCGGACAGCAUCAUGAAAGGACCUUUCAAGAGCGCCUCAGCUCAAACGAACCAAAGCAUCAGCAACAGCGUUUUGUUUUCUUUCAUUAUUUCUUUCAGUUUAAUGGGGCAUUUGCAUCAGACCAGGAUCAGGUCAGGAUAUCGACGACACCGGCUAAGGCCCAGGUCAUUCUGCUUUUUGAUAUUGCAUGGACAAAAUGGCAAGAUGGAGCCAGCAGCUGCGCCUGGGGACAGGCUACCGCAAAUCCACGUUCUUUCUUCCUCUUGAUACCACAAGCUGUUACAGUUGAACAGACACAAUAUGCCUGAUUGAAUUUAACGGAAAUGCUGAUACAUUGGGUUGUGAUUUCGA